GCUGGGAACCGGACCUGGCCUCGAUUAGUCAUGGACUCCCCUUCCUUGAUCCCCCUAAAAAGUGUGUGUGGUGGGGGAGGCCAGGACUGCCCCUGCGAGGAGGGGGGGUGUGGCUCUGAGAGAGUAGAGGUCACAGUCCCUUUAAAGGCCGGCGGAGAUGUCGAAACCUCGGGUCGAGGGAGGGCUCGAGGACCUCUGGAGAGACGAGCUUCAGUGACCUUUGCAUGGGGUUGGGCCACCCGACGGUUGGCGUCAGGGGUUCGGGCCAGGAGCUUUAGGCUUCCAAGCUGACAGCCCGGGGAGGAGACAAUUACCUAGCGGACCCACCUGAACCUGGGCAGGGAGUCUGGCUGAUAGGACAGGCGAGCGCCUGGAGAAGGAGGACCUGCCCCAUGCCAGGUGGCAUCUACCUUCUGCCCCACCACCGCCGCCACCUAUCUCAUCCGCAGCCAUGGAGUUACCCGCACUCUCCGGAAAGGUCGUCGCCUUCUCCCUUACCGCCUUCCCUGUCUGCUACACUUUGAACCACCUCUCUGAGCUCUCCCACCCCUUGGGUGUAGCUAUCCUGAGUGCAAUGAUCCUGGCUCCACUGUUUGUGGCCACCUCCAGCCUGGCCAAGAGAGAGAUCUCCCAUGACCCACUUUUUGCUGUGUUUGCUAUCUUUUCCUUCACCUCCCUCAUUGAUCUGUUCAUUGCCCUUGAGGAGGAUGGCUAUAUGAUGGGCUUCAUGGAAUUCUAUACUCGGGGGAGGGAGCCAUACCUACGCACAGCCCAUGGGAUUUUUAGCUGCUACUGGGAUGGCACUGUCCAUUAUCUGCUCUACCUCAUCAUGACAGGGGCCAUUGCUAAGAGGAAGAGCUAUAGGAGCCUGGCGCUAUACUGGCUGGGAUCACAGGUCAUGAGCAUCCUGGUCUUUGUCCCAGGAAACAUCCUUGGCAAGUACAGCUCUGAGCUCCGGCUGUCCUUCUUACUUAACAUCCCUUACAUGUUAAUCCCUUGCUGGGCUGGCCUAUACCUCUUCAGCCAGGACAGGGACCCAGCAGGCUACACAGCUAACAUGAUCUCUGAAGAACACAAGAAGGGGUUGCUCCAGAGGCCCUGGGACCUGGCUCUCUUUAUCUAUCUGCUCCUGGCAGGAUCAUUCACCAUUUCCGUGGUGAUCCUUGACUGUCCCGCUGAUUCCUGCUUCACCUAUGUGUAUCAGUAUGAGCCAUACCUGCGGGACCCUGUGGCCUAUCCCAAGAUCCAGAUGUUGGUGUUCCUGUUCUAUGCCCUGCCUUUUUUCAUCCUGGCUGCUUAUGGCCUCCUGUGGCCUGGCUGUGUGUGGCUCCCAGACUGGGCCCUGGUGUUUGCAGGGGCCAUGGGCUCAGUUUACUCUCACAUUGGUGCCAUCAAUGCAUCCUCACACCCCUACACCUACCGAACCCCUGAAGAUGUCUGGUAUUUCCUUUAUCUCAACCUUCUCUAUGCCGUGGGGAUGCACCUCCUGGCCUACCGCUGCCUUCGAUGGCCAGCCUUCUUCCUCUCUCCCCCAGCCCUCAGGCAGCAGGAAGAAAACAAGAAAGAUCGCUGAGAGGGUACCAUCUGACCAAGGGCCACUGGGACGCUCCACCCACCUCCCUGAGGGCCACCCUCAAUUCCCCAGCUCUAGUUAUUGAAUCAUUGAAUCUCGAGUUUGAAAUGACCUCAAAGUCUACUCUCCCAACCCUACCUGAUGAAGAAUCCUCUCUCUAAGACUCCCAACAAGUGGCCAUCCCAUCUCUGCUUGGAGUCCUUCAGUGAGGGGAAAUGGCCUACCCUACCUCAAAGCAGCUUGAUUCAUUUCUGGACAGCUCCAAGUGUUAGGAAGAUUCUGAGAAUCUUCCUUUGAACUGUUGGGAGUAUUGAGCCACCAAUUUGCCUCUUUGUAUAGUCUACCCAUGGCUUUUGUUCCACCCUCUGGGGCCAAGCAGAAUAAGGAGUCUGCCCUGACCCACCUGUGACAGCCCUUACUUAGUGAUCACGUCACUGUGAAGUUUUCUUUUCUCUGGUUCCUUCAGCUGAUUUUUAUCUGGCAUGGUCUCCAGUUCUGAUCACCCUCUCCUGAUCAUGAUCCAUCAUGAUCUUGUCAUCCCAGAACUGGACAGAGGCCUCCAGGGGUGGUCUACUCAGACCACGGAUGUCAGAGAACAUUGAAUCAGUCACUGAUUUCCCUUCUCCAUUUUCUCUGUGGAAUAUCCUCUGAGACAGGAAUGUGUGAAGGAGUGACUUUGAAGAACUGGCUUCUGCACUCUGGAGAUUCUGGGGCUAAGAGACACCCCCUCCUCCAAGGCCUAGACUCUCCCCUCUCAAGCCUCCUGCAGGAGGUUGGGGCUCCGGAUUCCAAAAGCGACCACAGACUCUUGGAAACAGAUACCUGAGGCCCCAUGAUAACAAAGUUAAUUAUUAUAGCAUUUGGGCUUUCUAGACCCCUCCUAGGUGAGAAAAUACUUAGAAGGGGUGGGAGGUGGGAGGAAAACCCUACAGAUGGAGCUGAACUAAGGUCUGGGUGCGUGGCAGGGAGGUGGGGGUAGAAGAGGAAGAAUGAACCUGUCAGGACCUUUACAGGAAAGUGGUGACCAUCAUGGCCACAGGUGAUUGUGGUUUGGAUCUUAAAAACUGAAAGGACUUCAAUAUUAUCUAUGUCCAAACAUCUCAUUUAACAAAUGGGAAAUAGAGGCCUAUGGAGGGGGAAAGACUUGUCAAGGUGUCACAAUGAGAAACUGGCAGAUUUUCAAACACCAGAGCUUUCUCUUUACUGGAGAGAGACUAGGGGACCAUAAAAAUCUUUCCUGGAAGAGGAACCCAGUAUCUGGCUAGGGGGAAAGAAGACAAUGAUAAAGAGAAGGACACAUGAGUAACGGUGAAGAGUGGGUGGGCUCAGCAUGACCCACACUCAUCUGCAGGCUGGCAGGGCACCUCCGGGCCAAAAGUGGCCGGAUGCCAGGUGGGGUGGGUGGAGGUUUCCAGAGCAGAAGAACCAGAGAAAGAGUUUCUAAGGUGGGAAUCCUUUCCCUGUGCCUGGGGGUUUGCAUUAUCUGUAAAGACAUCAUGCCUUUGUCAUCCUUGUUUUCUGGAGUAAAUUGGCUUUUGUUGACCAAA